ACUAGUGGAAGCUGACUGAUUGGUUGUGUUCUUACAAUAUUUGUUGCUCUGGGACUAGUUUUUUGGACUUUUGUUUGCCAUGGAGCCGCAGAGGUACCCCGUCAGCAUCCGCGUACUGGGAGUGAUGCAGAAGGACAAGAAAAAAAUGUUCAUGACCUCUGUGCUUUGGUCCGACGACAAUGACAUCGUAAUUUACAGGACGGUGGAGGACUUCAAGAAAAUGCAUAAGCAGCUAAAGAGAGCAUUCCCACCCACCAAAAAAACGGAGAGGACCGUGCCCAAAUUUCAAGUGGCAAAGAAGGCAAAAGCAAGCCAGAGGACUGGCUCAGAGAAAGGCCUCAACUACCUGAAGCCCUUGCAGACAUACUGCGAUAAACUGCUGAGGUCCGACGCGCAGGUCAACCAGUCGGUGCACUUGAUCCAGUUUCUCCACCCCAAAGAUGAAGAAUUGCAGCCCGACUACUCAAGGAAUGGCGUCGUCAUCAUGGCCCCCGAAGAAGACGCCCCUCGGAGCAAAGUCCAAAACCAGGGAGGCGGCAGCGUGACCCAGCCCUUUGCCACUGAGACGUACAGGUGCGUGGCCCCCUUUGAGACCAAGGACACCAAGAACAAGCCGUUCAAGGUGGCGCCGGAUGAGAAAGUGGACGUGCUCAUCAAGGACAAAGCGGGCUGGUGGCUUGUGGAGAAUGAAGACAAGUGCUUGGCUUGGUUUCCUGCGCCGUACCUGGAGAGGCUGGAUGAUGAGCCAGAAGACGACUGUGUCGAUGGACUUCCUGAAAGAGGAAUGUUGUACGCUGUCACCAAGAGCUACCAAGCCACCAACGACGACGAAAUGACAGUGAGCCUUGGUGCUGUGGUGGAGGUCCUGCAGAAGUCUGAAAAUGGCUGGUGGCUCAUCAGAUACAAAGCCAAAGCCGGCUACAUCCCCAGCAUGUACCUGAAAGCCCAAGGCUCCUCUACUGCACACAAGCAAAGUCGCCCCCAAGAGCCCACCAGCCAUUCCCUCCUGUCUCCCAACAGCCUGGCAGUGCAGUCGCAGCAGCUGAGUCGCUCUCAAGAGAACCUUCUGCCUCAGCGGAUGCCUGCCAGGCCCACCACACCCAAACCCACCUCACCCAACCGCCUCCAACCAGGGAGCAAGAAUUUGUCCAAAUCUGUUGAGUCCCUGAACCGACCUCAACCAGCCAUUCCAGUUCGGCCCAUCAUCAAGAAGGCCCCCGUGCCCCCUCCCCCUGUAAAAUACAUCCCUAAGCCCGUCAUCAAGGUGGAGAGCGACAUAGAUGAUGGGCGCCUGAGCCCGGAGGAGGACAGCGAUGGAGAAUUCACAAGCGACAGUGACUUCAGCAGCGAUGACCUUAGCUCCUCCUCGGCCAGCACGCCCAUCAGCCUGAGCAUGAGCACCGACGACUACCGUCUGCAACACAACCGCACCCCUCCGCCGCCGUCGAGGUACAGCCUCAGUCCAGACAGCGGCUUGGAGGGCAGACUAACGCCAAGUGCCUCUGACUCAAACAUCUUUAAGAGUGCCAAUGCGGCACCCAGGGUGCCACCCAGGCCGAAGACAAAAGACAUCCUCACCCGCUGCACCACUGUCACACGCAAGAACGCAAAGAGGGCUGCGAGCCCAACACCCUCUCCCAUACAGAGUCGGUAGACUCUGUGGUUAUUAACCACAACCACAAAGUCAUCUACUAAUUGCUUUGCAGCUAAUUAUUAUUGGAAAAUGUAUCACUAUUCCAGUUUCUUGACUGUAUUUUCCAUACUGGAAAACCUUUUGUUGUGCCUUAUAUGCAUUUAGACAACUGGAAAAAGAGCUCCUUUAUAAGUGCACCCACCAUGAGAUAUUUUUGUUUGUGUGUAAAGAAGGACCUAAAUACUUGAAUACAAAUAAAAGUAUGAUGGAAAACUG